GAAAAAGGAUCCCAAGUCUGCCUGUGUGUUGAAACUGGAUUCGGUCAUAAUGGACACAGUCACCAUAGCUUCAGGGGAGUAUUAUGACAUUGAAUCCCUUGACUGUAACAAGGAUGAACUCGAGUUGACUGUCAACCAGACCAUAGAAUGUAAGGAAUGGAAAAACUGUGCAUCCAUUCCAUUCUCUAUAGCCUUCGAUUACAAGGAGAUCUGUAUCCCAGUAGUUCUGAAGACGAUCACAUGGCACCUUCAUGGCCCACAGAACAGUUCAGUCGAGCUACAGUCCCCUACAGGUCUGCGUUACUGUCUGCCUGAGGAAAAUUGCAAUAGCAACCUCCUCCUUAAUGUGUCCCAUGAUAACCCUGGCAUCACUGUUGGGCAGUUUUUUCCAAGUGGAACCAUUGAGAAAAUCCAGAUCCGUGAAUCCAAGAUUGCAGUAACUGCCUCCGUUGCAAGUUUCAAUGACUGGAAUUUGGCAACUAAACCCUUUCUAACUUAUUUAUUUACACAAGAUAUAUCAGAGGACUAUAUAUUCACUGUUGCACCAAAAUUGGAUAAUCCUACAGUGUUGGCGACCCCAGCCUGGCCGUCUGGGAUGAAACCCUCCAGCAGUGUGUCCUGGAUCAUUAACAUGGAGCCACAGCUUAAGAGCAAUCUGAAGUUCAUGAAUGUCAGCCAACCCGAGUGUAUGGAGGUGCAAACAAACAUUGCAGUGCAGACCAUUGUGCCUCAAAUGAUAGUCUACAGUGCUAAAAAGGAUGGGAAUAUUAAUAAUAUCCUGGUCCUAGAAAGUUUUUACCUUAACAUGACUAACUGUAAGUCCCCGACAGGAAGCUUCAGGGCAAUGAUGGAGAUCACACUGCAGAAUAACACAAAGAACCAUCUGGGCAUCAUCCUGAGUACUGUGGGCAUCUUGUUAAUGAUCAUAACAUCCGUGGUGAUCUGGAUUGUUCUCAGGCAAAAGAAGAGGAAUAAGACUCCCCCAGUGCCUGUCUACAAUCCCAAAGCUUUCCUUCCAGGCCUCCAUGGUAUCCCCAAAACACAGGAGGAGGAGGAAGAAGAUCCUCACACUUAUGUGUACAUAGACGAUUCUCUAGUAUAUUCCCAUCUGCUUAAAAAAGAAGCUGAAAAUGAACAAUGUAAAGAUGAGAGCGGCCCACCUUUACCUGACAGAUCAGUCGGCAAAGGCGAAAGCCUAGUCACUAAAGGCAGUGGGAUGGUUGACGGUGAACUCUAUGGUUACUUUCAGGGACAGUCAACUACAUCUGGCUCACCAAAGUCUCCAAUCAAAAUCUCUGAGGACGAGGCCUGUGAAACCAGACUGUGUGAGAGAGAAGAGAGUCCUUGAUGGAAUUGAAUUUUCUACUGCAUUUUUUUUAAGUGUCUAAGAAGUUUGUAUAUUUAGUGAUUUUAUGUUUGAACGGUUUGCAUGUUUUAAACAUUGUAUGUUUUUGAUAUUUAAACGUCUACAUUUAUUUGCACCAUGUAAAGUUAGGAGAUACAUUUUCUAGAAAAAGAAAUCUGUUUGCGACCAGAAAGCGUUCUCUGUUGAUUUCUGGUGUAAACUGAAUAUGUGAGUGUGACUCAAUCUCAUGGGAAAGAUAACUAUUUCACUAGUUGGUGAUUUCAAAUGAAUUUGUAUGAUUUGAAUUGUACAAAAACUUAUGAUUUAAAAAAAAAAAAAAAAAGAGUAAUCAGAAAGGCCACCCCUAAACAUACCGGUCACCGGGGCAUAAGCAGAUCGUAUGAAAACAUGAAUAAAUGCAUACAAAUUUGAAUGAAUUAGCCACCAAUUUGCCAAAACAUAAAAUAGUUAUGAAUUGUCAUGAGAGUGUUAGAGAUUCUGUCUGUUUCUGCUGUCUGGAUUUCAAUAUAGAUGAUCCAAAAGGGGACAGAUGCUGGAGGCUCUGCAAACCCAUUAAACUACUCUUGUUUUAUGGCUUUUGUGAAUCUGCUGAGCUACUUAAAACAGGGGGCUUCUGUUGUCAAUUGUGUCUGGUUAUUAAUCUGAUGAUUCUUCGAUCUAGACUUAAAACUAAACUAAAGUGUGAACCAUGCGGUGUGAACCAUGCGGUGCCAGGGACACUAUGGCCAGGCUAGGUUUAAUUAUGUGGGGUCAUAAAUUAAUAUUAAAGGUGCAGUAUUUUUUUGACAUCAUUUUUUAAGGCCAUUUUUAUAAUUACCUUAUUGUAUCUAAAUGUAUCUGUGUUGUGUUUUAUGUCAAAUACUUAAAUUUAACAUUACUUCAGUCAUUCAGAGUGCUAUACUGUAGCUAUAUAUUACAAAUAAAAUUUUCAACAUCAACAAAAGCGUCUUUACAACGCAAAGGUGGAACAGAAUCUGCAUUAAUGUUUAUUUACACCAACUGUUUAAUGCAGCUCAAAGGUGGCAUACUCGAUCCUAUAAGGUAAAGUAAAUAGCCCACAUAAAGUAUAUAAAUUAUGUAGUGAAUCUAAACACCUCUGAUUGGCCACUGCAUUCACACACAGAAACAUGUGAUUGGUUAUAAUGCUCAACACUGUCAGGGCCGGAUUGGGACUCAUUUUCAGCCCUGGAGUUUCAUGCCUUAGACCGGCCCACUUUAAUUCACGACUGACUAUAUUAAAAUAAUGUAAUUAAAACCUCAGUAUAUAAGUCUGCAUUAGUGCUCUGUUUUCUACAGCCUUGUAAUUAAUUGUAUUUUUCAAAA